GAGGGCUGUAACGUCAGAUAUCUUGCCGGAUCGACACAAGUUCAGGGAGGGUGGUAGUGUAUAGUCAAGUAACGAUAGGGCUAUUGAAGUUGUUGGUUAUGCCAUCAAAUUUUCCUGAAUGCUGCCACUAAAUAACUACCCAUGUUAAUUGUAACUCUUUAGUCUUGAAGUGUCACUGAAACUUGAAUACUAGCAACGUUGUAGCUCAGACUGGGAGCACUCUCAAGUGGGUUGACGUAGUAACCGUGUGGAAUGGCAGCUCCCCGGCCCAUUAAAGGUAUUCUGAAGAACAAAAAAAGCGGGGCGAGUAUAAAAAGGGCCCCCGAAGUCCCGGUGGAAAAUCCAGAGCAGGCAGCGCUAGGAAUAUUAGAGGACGACCAACAGAAGAAGUCGCAGAAAUGGGACGAAAUGAACAUUCUGGCCACGUAUCACCCAGCUGAUAAGGACUAUGGCUUGAUGAAGAUUGACGAGCCCAGUACGCCGUACAACCGGAUGGUGGGGGAUGAGGAUGACGAGGGGGCACUCAGUGACUCAGAUGGCAAUGCGGUCACGGUAGAUGACCUCGCCAGAAAGUUGGCUGAGGCAGAAGGCACAGAACCUCGCUUCAUGAGCAAGGAGGAGGAGGAGGAGGAGGAUGAGAGCAGUGAGGAGGAAGAGGAGGAGCUCACUGCUGAGGAGCAAGAGAAAAGGAAGCAGUUUCAGAUGAUGAGGAAGAUGCAUUAUAACGAAGGCCUUAACAUCAAGCUGGCCAGACAGCUUAUCGCCAGUGAGCUGGAGGAGGAAGAGGACGAGGAUGAGGAGAUGAGAGAUGACACUGAAACAGAAGACAUUAAUGUAGACCCACCUCAAGAUGCUGAUUCUCUGGAUUCUUAGAGGACGACGCAGAGAAAUUUUGCACCUGGACUCGGCUCAUGAACCAUAGGCACGCAGAUGCCCCACCGGUCUUGGCCGACACUGUUUCAGGACCCCCAACCCCCCAACCUUUCCAUUCCUCAUGCAACCCCCCAACCCCCGCCUGCCGAAAAAAUAUAGUCUGCAUUCUGUGAACUGCGCCAUGCAAAGCAUAUCAACUAUUGACCCCCCUGCUGGACAGUCCUGGCUUCUCCCUCUGUUGCCGUCUCCCUGUCAUCACACUGUGGGGCGUGAGCUGAAGAGUUGUGCUCAGACUGUUCUCAUCAAGUGAUGGCCCCCCUCCGCUCCGCUCCCCUCCCCUUCCCUCUCCUCCAUCCAUGCGUGAGCACAGGAGUGCUGCUUGCCCAAAGGCACGCCCUUAGCAUCACCACACUAUGCCCAGCCUGAUCAGUCGUGGCGUGCCAUGGUGUGACAUUAGGCUUUAAUGUGUGUGUGUGUGUGUGUGUGUGUGAUGUUUAAUCCCCCCCCAGCCACAUCCACUUUGUGUAACGCCUGAGGAUGCUCCUCCUGUGGUUAUGGGCAUGGUGUGGUCAGCCACUGAAUCGCCCAAAAACUGUCCCGCCAACCAUCUUUUCAUACAGACACUUUUUUGUUUUCAGUGACCUGUGUAACUACCCUGACCGUAAUCCUCAGUAUCAUGAUAGAUCCAUAGGCUGUCCCUGGUAACGUAACUGUGAUGUAUAGACAACGCAAAGAGGUAUCGAGGCUGCUUCCAGUGGGCAGUAAAUGGAUGAAAUACAGGCCUACCAAAGUGUAAUGCACUGAAGUCAAAUUUUUAGAAUUCCUGUUUUAGAAUUGAAUGGCCUUCUCAGCAUUCUUGAUUAAAGUAUGAUAAAAAGAACUGCACAUUUUCUUUCCAGGGUCAAGUACUAUAUAUUAUGUCGGUGUGUGUACAAAGGAACAAAUAAUGCAAUGCUUCAUAGCUUGACUACUACUGAUUGGUGAGACUGCAUUUCUGGAGUGUUAAUAGGCUACUCUUGAAUCUGCUGUUCUUCUGACAAAACGGCUCCAGUAGAUGGAUCAACCCAAGUGGCACAAUUACUUGUCUUAUUCUUUAGCUUUUCUGAUUAGCUUGUCAUAAUUCAGCAUUCUAAAAUAAUACUGAUCUAUAGUAAUUUAUGUAGAGUAUCUAAAACCUUUUCCUCUUUUUAGUAUAUUCUAAAACUAAUGCAAGGAACAAGACUCACAGUAUUUACAUACUGUCAGUGCAACAUGCUAUUCCUAAUUAGACUUGCAUCUUGAUCUUAAUGUUGUCCAUAAUGUUUUUAAUUGGAUGACUAAAUAUGUUUUCGCUUUUGUUUCUUUUCUUUUUUUACAUAAGGCCUAUAAUGGAGAUUCUACUUGUGUACAAAAAUAACCGAAUAUAUAAUUAAGUAAUGGCCUUGGAUAAAAAUUAACUUUUCCAUUAUCUGCUGCACUUCAAUAGUAACCUGCAGUAUAUGAUAAAUUCACAUCUUACCUUACCAAGAAUUAUAUACAUAGUUCUUUCAUGUGUACUUUCAAGGUAGUAAUUUUUUUUUCUCACACUGUUGUCAUCUUUGGAUUAGUUUUUAGGUUUUUUUGUGUGUGUGUGUGUGUGAUACUCUGCGUUUGAUUACAAUCAGAUGACCGGAGGUCAAAUGAGUGCUAGAUUUUAAACAUCAGUCUAAUUCCACAAGAAUUUAGCCAUUUCCCAGAAUGGGAGCGUGAAUAGGAUGGAUUUCAUGGGUGUGUGGGUCGGUGGGAGGUUCAUUGGGUGGAUUUCAAGUUAAGAAAAUAAUCAAUUGGUAAACCACCAUAUGUCUAUGGAUUUCAUAAUUACAUUAAUGUAUGAUUAGGGAUGAGGGGAAUCAUGAUGCCAAGGUCACAAAAUAUAAUGUAAGAGAAGAGAUGCAUGUAGAAGGACUGGUGUUCUUUUCUGUGGGCUAAUAACAUACAUGAGAACGUAAUGGGUAUAGUUAAGCUAAACUCUGAAAAGUGAAGGAUACUUAACCCACAGAUGUACAUGUUUAUAAAUGAAUGUUCAUGGUCUUUUCUUUAUUCUCCAUUCAGAGCUGUGGUGCCUGUUAUGUACCUCUUGGUUUCCGCAUUUGCUGUGUUUAUUUGACAGAUUAGGCAUUUAAUGUCUACAGAACAUGUUAUUUGUCCUCGUUUUUUAUCGGUUUUGCACGUUCACAGGAAUACGUGUGUUGUCUCACGUUAUUAAAAGAUGUUGAUAUUGA